AUGCAAUACGUAACGAAACUCAGCGGAUUCCAGUGUGCAACUCCAAGUGAAGUGGCCGGUUACAGUUUGACCGCGUUUCGGGCAGCCAAUCUGUGCAAACCAAUCCCGAAAGAACCGGUCACGAAAUCGGCCGAGGACACGCAAAUCAAGGACGAAGUGCACACCGGUGUCGAGGGAGAGGAUCCACAACGGUUUGGUCCCGUUGCUGUAAUUGAACACCCUUCACCGGCACGUGGUGGUACAGGAGCACCGAAAUCCGGCACGUCCGGGGUGAAUAACAGCUACAAUCGGGAUGCGGAUCACAUUGAGCGACAACCACUCGCACCGGGCUAUCGAGACAAUCGGUUGUAG